AAGCUUUGUGGCUCAAGGCCGCGCGGGCAAUCGCCCGCGGUCCCGCGUGUCGCGCGCUCCGCUGCCGCCUUCGCCCGGGGCCCGUCCGGCGUUCGCGCAGGCCCUGGUGGUUUCCUCGUGCGGUGAUGGCGGCGCAGGCUGCGUGGGCCCAGCAGCAGGCGCAGCAGUGGGUGACCGCUCAGGCUGCUGGCGCCGCCAACUCCGGGGGUACCGCUGGCGCGGCGUCGACCGCGCAGGCCGCGCAGUGGCAGCAGCAGCAGCAGCUGCAGCAGCAGGCCCAGUUGGCCCAGCUGCAGCAGAUGCAGGCGGCGGGAGCUGGCGGCCAGCCGCAGCAGCAGUCGCAGCAGCUUCUACUGCAGCAGCAGCUGCAGCAGCAGCAACAGCAGCAGUACCAGCAGCAGCAGCUCCAGCAGCAGCAGCAGCUGCAGCAGGUCCAGCAGCAGCAGGCCCAGCAGCAGCAACAGCUGCAGCAGCAGCAACAGCUGGCGCAGCAGCGGCAGCAGCUUCUGCAACAGAUGCAGCAGCAGCAACAGCAGCAGGUCCAGCAGCAGCAGCUGGCGAUGCGCGGCGGCCCAGCGGCCCAGCAGCCGCUGGUGAUGCAGCAGAAAGGCGGCAUGAGGGUGGCCCCGCCUGCCGGCCGGAUGGUGGCGCCAGGCCAGGUCCCUGGCAUGGUGGCGCCGGGCCAGGGUCCUGUGGGUGGGCCGGCCUCGUACUCCGUGUAUUCGAAUGGCGCAGACACCGAGGAGGUCGUCAUACGCACGCUGACGGGCACCUACAUACGGAGUGGCGAGAACCACCAGCGCCCCGUGUACAAGAAGGUGCAGGAAAAGCCUGGGCCUGACUUCGUGGAGGUCUUCAUGUAUUAUUGGGACUCUCGGGACGGCCCGAGCUUCGAGGGGUGGUGGUUCGGCAACAAGCUUGGCGGGACGCAAGUCUGGUCCCACAACGCAAGCCAGGCUAUGGUGCCCCCGGGCGAGGGCUGGAAGAUCCCUUGGGAUGGGGCCGUGCGGACGACACUCGUCGUAAUAUCCAAGGAGUUGCAGGCCAAGCAGGAGGCAGAGGGGAAGUUGCAGGAGAGGCCACGGCCGAGGUGACGUCCGCCCAGACCGCCGCUAAGAACGCGCUCGAGGAGGCGUCAGCAAGCGCCGGGGAUUUCAGUUCGACGGAGGGCUGUACGAAAGCCGAGCAGAUUCUGGUACCCCAGCAGCCCCUGCUGCAGGCCGCGAUGAAGAGGCUGGUAGAAAUGCAGCGCACCGUCCAAGGCGACUCCGCGCGCAACCUGAUUUUGGUCAGGAAUCAGCUGCAGGCGACGAUGACCUCAGUGGCCGCCGAGCUGAACAAGAUCAGGCAGGGCCGCCAGAGGGCUCAGAUCGAGGAGAGGACCAAGGAGAUGGUGGCGCGCGAGAGGAAGGUGUUCGAGGACAUGAAACCAGAGGCGCUCGAGAAGUGCAACGCCGCGGAGGACGCCGUCGAGAAGGCAUCCAUCACCUCGGAGAUGAUCCAGGCCGCCGGCGACAGCCCCGAGGAGGUCGCGAAGGCCGUGGACGAGACCGAGGCAAAGGCCAGGGAAGCGCAGGCGGCCAUCGGCGCGGCCCGCCUCUACCUGAACUCGAAGCAGUCGCUCCUGCAGAGACUGCAGCACGUGCAGGUGCGCGACGAGUCGUUGAAGGACCCACGGAAUUCGCGCGGAUGAAUAUGCAGCUCACAACCGCACAGAACAAGCUCAACCCGUUGAAGACGGCGAGGCAGGACUUCCUGCAGCGGCAGCAGGCGAAGCAGGCCGUCACCGAGAUCAUGGAGGCACUGUCUCCAGCGGAGCUCGAGGUGGAUGCCGCGGAGGAGGCGAACAAGGUGCUGGAGGAGAACUCGUCCAAAGAGACUCUGGCGCUGGCCCAGCAGGCGCUGCGGAAGGCAAACGACCACUUGGCCAUGGCGCGGCGGAUGGUGUUGAAGAAGAAGGUUGCGGCUGGUCCGAUAACGCUGGCCGAGAUCGCCAAGCUCGAGGAAAGAUUGAAGAAGGGGGACGAGCGCCUCGCGGUCCUGCGGGACGCCCAGAAGGAGCUCGCCGAGCGCAGCGCCUGUGAGGGCCUCAUCAAGGAGGCCACGGACAAGCUCGCCACGGUCACGGAGGCGGUCUCGAAAGCGGCGGACGCAGAGGCACCGUUCUUGAUGGGCGUGGAGGAGUUGCCGACUGACGAGACGCUCGCGGCCGUAAAGGCCUGCGAAGCCGCCGCCACCUCUGCCAACACCGCGGUGUCCAUCGCGCGCAUGUUCAUCGCCACGAAGCUGGUCGAGGCCAAGCGUUUCGCUGCGGGUGCGGCCAAGGAGGCCACCGAGAAGCUGCAGGAGCUCCAGAGGCAGCUGCAGGAGCAGACGGACAAGCUGACCAAGGUCAAGACCGCCAUGGCCAGCCGCAGGCAGGCCGCACUGUCCCGCGAGGCCGAGAGCCAGGUGAAGGGCGCGGAGGAGCUGGCGGGCAGGAUGAAGGAGGCGGCCGCCGCCCUCGAGGACAUCGACAAGCUGGCCGAGAUGACGCCCGAGGAGGUCAAGGCGCACACCGACGAGGCCAAGAAGGCGGAGCUCGCAGCGAACCCGGCGCUGGCGGAGGCGAGGCGGUUCAUCACCCAGAGGCAGAUCGAGGCGAAGGGCAAAGAGCACUCCGAGGAAAUCCGGGACCUCUUCAUCAAGCUCCAGACCAGGUUGAGCGCCGCGCAGAACGAGGUUGUGACCGCCAGGAAGCUGGCCCAGAGCGUAGAGCAGCGCCUCGCUGCCAAGAAGGUAGCCGCGGACGCCCGCCAGACGCUGCAGGAGGCUCUGGCCAAAGUGGACUCAGCCGUGCAGGCGGCGGAGGCUCUCGACGCCGACGACGCCGAGAAGGCCGAGAAGCCCGAAGAGGGCGGCGAGGGGUCGGAGAAGCCCGAGGGCGGCGAGGAUGCAGAGAAGCCCAAGGGGUCCGGGGUCGACUUGGUGAAGGCCGCAGAGACGGCGCUGAGCGAGGGGCAGACCGCCCUGAAGGCGUUCGGCAGGUGGCUGGACGGGCAGGGGCGCACCAAGGCCCUGCCGCAGGAGGAGAUUGCCAAGCUGGACCCGCAGGUCAAGGAGGCCCAGGCAAAGCUCGACGACGCCGGCCUGAAGAUCCAGGAGCGGCGGGAGCAGGUCAUCGUCAAGUCCAUCGUCUCGGAGUGCGAGCAGCGCGUGAGCGAGGCUGAGGGCCUCGUCGGCAAGGUCAUUGAGGCCGAGGCCCCGCUGCUAGCCGGGGACGAGCUCCCCCUGGAGGAGGCGGGCAAGGCCCUGGCGGCGCUGGAGGGCGUGUCGCAGGAGGCGCAGCGCGGCGUCGGCGGCACGAAGACAUUCAUCUCGAUGAAGCGCCUGGCCGCCAAGAGGCUGUCGGAGGUUGCCCAGGCGCAGACGGGCGAGGCGCUGGCGGCGCUGCAGGCGAGGGUGGACGCCUCCACGAAGAAGCUGGCGGAGGUCAAGAGGGGGUUGUCCGAGAAGAAGCGCGACCUCGUGCGGCGGGAGGUGCAGGUCAAGCUCGGCGAGGUGGAGAAGCAGGUGGAAGCCGCCAAGGAGGCCACCCAGGCUUUGAUCGAGCCGGCGGACGCAGCCCCAGAGGCGAUGAAGGCUGCCUGCGAGAAGGCCGGGACAUCCCAGCAGCAGGCGCUCAGGGCCGUGGAGGAGCUGCGCAAGCGAUUGGAGGGCAAGGGCGCGGCGUUCGCCGCCACAGGCGGGGCGGACGACGCGGGCGGCGCCGCCGAGAAGUGCGCCGCGCUGCAGGCGGAGCUCGACCAGCAGAGAGCCCUCCUGCGGGACCAGGAGCACCGCUUCGUGGCAGGGCGCCUGCAGAAGGAGGCCUCCGACAUGGUCGCCGGCCUCACGGAGAAGAUGGCGGCCACGACCAGUGCCGCGGCGUGCUUGGUGGACGAGGACUUCUCUGCCGGCGUCUGGUUGGACCAGAUCACGCAGGUCUUCAAGGCGAAGAUGAAGCAGGAGAGCAAGGACGCCGCAGCGGUGUUUGCGAGCAUCGGUGCCGAGGGCGACGCGCUGUCCAGUGCGAAGUUUGCGUCCUCCGUGGCUGCCCUCCCCGAGCUGCUGGAGGAUGGCCAUCCCAUUUUCUCCGAGGAGGAGCUGAAUGCCGUCUUCAAGAAGAUGGCCGGCGAAGCCGAGCAGUGUUCCAAGCAGCAGUUCUGCGACCAGUUCAUUGACAGGUACGUCUGCGUAGGAAACGUGUCGAUGACCAACCAGUUCGAGAUCAGGGGAGGAAAGGUGGUGAGCAAGCUGCUCCCCAACGACGUCCUCGAGGCGAUGGAGCAGCCCACCAAGGACGAGAAGACGAAGAUCAUGCGCAUCAAGGCCAAAGCCGAGAAGGACGGUAAGGAGGGCUACGUGACCAUCGCCGGCAACCAGGGCACCCCAUACCUCGAGGCGUACUCGCCAUUCGCCGCCAGGGAGAAGAAAGUCGCGGGGGUCAUCCAGGAAAUGCAGGAUGCCACCAGGAACUGCAAAGUGUACCUGGAGAAGAAGGCGAACGAGCUGACCUCGGUGCAGACGGGGCCGCUGGCCGAGUGCAGGAUGGAGCUCUUGAACCUCUUGCCGACCGUCGACGAGUUUUUUGACGCGAUGAACGAGCUGAGAAACAGGGUGAUCGAGGCAAAGAGCAGGCACGCCGCGGUCCUCGAGGACGAGAAGCGGAGGCGGGUCGAGUCCAAGGAGAAGCGGGUUGCCAAGUGCAUCAUCGACGAGGCCCUGGGGGCCGAGACGCACCUGCAGGAGCUGGUGGACAAGAUCCUCCCGGAGGCGGAGGCGCUGGAGAAAUCGAUGAGUAUGGGCGAAGAUGCUCAGGACGAGGCCCUCGGGAAGAUGCCAGCCUGCGAGAAGGACCUCCAGGCUGCAACCAAGAAGGCAGCAACUGUCCAGGUGAGACUGUCAGAACUGACGGUCACGGUGAGAGCCGCGGCGCGCGGCCCUCUCCUGGACGCUCGGAACGUGCUGGCGAAAACGAAGGUGAAGGUGUCAUCUUUCGAGACCAAGUUGCAGGGGGUCGUCAUGCAGCUGAAGGCAGCGUCGUCAGCUGCGACGGCCGAUGCCCACAAGGCCGUCACGGCGGCGCUCCGCGACCACGUGCAGCGGGAGGGCUUGUCGGCCGAAGCGCUGUACGCCGAGCUGAGCAAGGACGGCAGCCCGCUCAUCCCCGCGGUCGCGCUGCGCGCCUUCCUCGACAAGAUGCCCGAGCCGAAGCCAAAGGCGCGCCAUCUCGGCCUGGGCCUGGAGCGCUACAAGGCAGGCAUGCCCAAGCUGACCUUCUUCGACAUAGCGCAGGAGUACGUGAAGGUCGUCAAGGACAUUACCGUCACGGAUGGCCCCGACCUAAAGGAGGGCAAGACCCUCAGGAAGAUGCAGCUGGAGGAGAUUGCGCAGGUUCUCGAGAGAAAGAAGGGCGAGGAUGCGGGGAACCUGGAGCGCGUGAGGUGCAUCGCGCUGACCGAUUUGACCGAGGGCUGGAUCACCGUUCAGGGCAGCCAGGGCACCGCAUUCCUGGAGCCGUGCCCGAAGCCGUACUACUGCUUCGAGGAGGACGUGAUGCUGGCGGCCGGGCCCACCCCCGACGCCGCCCCGGCGGAGGGCGCCCGCCGCAUCAAGGCCGGGGAGGUGCUCGAGCUUCGCGAGGGACCCAGGGUCGAGGAGCCUCGGACGCUGAUGCGAGUGGAGUGCAAGUCCGACGGAAAGAAGGGCUGGAUCACGCUGAAGGCGGGCGACGGUCCCGAAUGUACCGAGAAGGUGAAGGUGUUCUGCUGCAUGCGCACCAUUGCCAUCACGCAGGACUUUGCCAUUAGCGGCAAGGCCCUGAGAAAGCUGGAGGUCGGCGAGGUCGUGGACUUGCUGGAGGAUCCUAAAGAUGACGAGAAGAAGAAGAUGAGCCGCGGCAAGAUCAAGACCAGGCGAGACGGCAAGGAGGGCUGGGUCACCAUCAAGGGCAACCAGGGCACCGCCUUCCUGGAGGAGAGCCAGCGCCACCACGCCGUCCAGCGGGCGGUGCCGCUGGAGCGCGAGAAGGCGUCUGGUGGCGCCGCGGUGCGAAUGCUAGAGGUGGGCGAGGUGGUGGAGCUGCUCGGGGAGCCCUUCCCGGAGACGGAGGACCGAGCCUGAAUCGGAUGAGAGGGCGCAAUCCGAGCGAUGGCACCGAAGGGUGGUUCACGCUGGCGCAGCACUUGGUGAGACCCUGGGUCCCCGCCUACACCUGCGCCAUCAGCACCCCGCUGACGAUCGGCGUGUCCGCGAGCUCCACCGCGCACCGCGCCGUGGGCUUCUCGGAGGCGCUGGAGGCCCUGGACGUGCCCGUCUUGGACUCAGGCUCCGGCCUCGUCCGCUGCCGGGUGAAGGCUGUGCGCGACGGCACUUGUGGCUUCGCUACGCUCCGCGACAAGGAUCGCGUGCCCCUGCUGGUCCCGCGGAUGGACGGCGACUGAGACUCCGCGUGCGGGGGCCGCCGCUCGGAUUUGGCAAGGCUUUAUAGGACCUAUAGUACCUUUGCACCGAUUGGAAAGAGCGCGCCGCUCGUGGGCGUCCGCGGCGGCGUCGACGAUGGCGGAGGCGUCUUCGAGUCGGGUGGGGGGUGCUCGGUGAUCGGUGUGGAUUCGCGCCGCCACGGCUGGACGGGGCUCGGACGCACUGGUCGGGA